AUGAAGUUGAUGAUGGAGGUAACGGCAGACAUGUAGAGAAAUCAUUAUCCUAUACAACAGAACCUUGAGAUGAAGGAUGAUUUCAGAAAUGCACCAUAUGUUGAGAAUCUGAUCGAGGAAUACAUAACUAACUAUGAUGAUGUAGCACAAAUUCUGAUUAAGGGCCUUUCAAGGAGAAAAAUUGGAGCAACAAGCUUAAAUUCUAAUAGCUCCAGAUCACAUAUCAUUUUCACAAUUGUCAUUGAGUCGUUGUGCAAGGGAACUAAAAAGGGUUUGAGUAGCUCAAAAACUAGCAUAAUCAGCCUUAUUGAUCUUGUUGGACCAGACAGGGAUGAAGUUGAUGAUGGAGGUAGCGGCGGACAUGCAAAGAAAUCAUUAUCCAAGCUUGCACUACUACAAAAAUAUUAUUCUACAUCGGGUCUUCUACAUCGGUUGUUCAAUAACUGA